AUGGAAAGAAACUGGUUAUUGUUAACCCUGGUUGUUGGCAUAGCAGCAACUAUUGUUGGCAUAGCAACAAUUAUUGUUGGCAUAGCAACAAUAAUUGUUGGCAUCACAACAAUAAUCGUUGGCAUAGCAACAAUAAUUGUUGGUCAUGAAACUUGUGCAGCUAGCUUACAACACUAUGAAGCAGCAUUGGGGACACCAUCUCUUAGACCAACUCUUAAACAGAUUAUAUAG